GGAAUGUAUGUGACAAAGAAACGUUUGAUUAUUUACGUACCAUAGCAGCAGAUGUUCACGUUGUGAAGGGUGAUUAUGAUGAGUUUCCAAACUUGCCUCUCUCCAAAAUCAUAACUCACGGUCCGCUUCGUAUCGGGGUUCUUCAUGGUCACCAAGUGAUUCCUGUGGGUGACGCUGAAUCUUUGUCAAUCAUAGCACGACAAAUGGAUGCGGACAUUUUAUUAACUGGCCACACUCAUCGAUUUGAAGCGAUUGAAUAUGAAGGCAAAUUUUUUGUUAAUCCUGGGAGUGCAACUGGUGCUUAUUCUGGAUUUAGCACUGAAGAUAUAAAGCCAUCUUUUGUUUUGAUGGAUAUUCAAGGCUCUGUUGUUGUGACCUACGUUUAUCGAUUGGUUGAUGGUGAUGUUAAGGUCGAUAAAAUUGAAUAUAGGAAAGGUUAUGAUUCAGGCAAG